UGAGCUUCUUGCUGAUGUGUUUACAGUAACGCUUUAGAGCCGCACGACAAACCGGGAGACUAUGAGAAAGCGCAGCCGCUCCAUUCAGCCACAUGGUCCCCCCACCGCACAGACAAGCUGCGCUGCAGACGGCCAGACGCACCUGAGGGACGCUUGCGCACAGCGCCGCAUUUUCUGCCUCGCAGAGCGGGUUUUCAGCCGCACAGGCAGUUGAGAGCUGAUGUCAAAAGUUUUUUUUUUUUUUUUUUUGCAGGGGGGGCUUUUCUUGAUUUUUAAAGCUGACGAAAGUUUAGAGCGAUCGCUGAACUGAGAAGAAGCAGAAAGGAGACGCGGUUGAAGUUUUUAUGAUCCAUCAGUGACCUGAUUUUGUGACAUUUGAAGUUUCUCAGAGCAGCUCUCUGAACAGAGAUGGUGCAGCACGUGAGCGCGCACGCUCACUCUCCCGGCGGGGACUCUACGGACACGGGAGACAUGGACCUGGAGAUGGACUCCUGUCCGAUCUCUGGGUCGCCGUCCUCCCGGGAGCGCAGCGACUUGGCUUGGUGUAAGACUCCCACCGGCCACAUCAAGCGGCCCAUGAACGCGUUCAUGGUCUGGUCCCAGAUCGAGAGGCGGAAGAUCAUGGAGCAGUCACCGGACAUGCACAACGCGGAGAUCUCCAAGCGGCUGGGGAAGCGCUGGAAGCUGCUCAAAGACACCGACAAAAUCCCCUUCAUCCGCGAGGCUGAGCGCCUCCGACUCAAACAUAUGGCCGACUACCCAGACUACAAGUACCGGCCCCGAAAGAAGGUCAAGACCGGAAGUGGAACAAACAAGCAACCAGAGAAGAACGGGGAGCGCAGCGCCAAGAUCAGCGGCAAGAAGAGCCCCGCGCCCAAGAGCGCCAGCAGGACGCACAAACAGGGGGGCAGUAGGGGCGCCUCUGGACCGGAGUCUGGUGACCACCACUCACUCUUCAAAUCCAGGUCAGUGUCCGGGGCCCGGCAGAUCCCCGAGAAGCUCACGGGUGAGCCGAGGCGCGCCCACGUGUUCGGUGGCACGGGUAGUCUGGAGAGUGACCCGCCCUCCGUGGGUGUCCCGGCCAGUCCCACCCCCAGCAGCUCGGCGGAGUCCAGCGACCCGCUGAGCCUGUACGAGGAGCAGAGCCCGCGCUCCAGCGAGUCCUCACACACCGCGCGGCUCCGGUACGCACGCGCCCCCUCCCCAACGCCAUCAGCCGCGCACUCUUCCUCAUCCGUGUCGUCCUCGUCUGAUGAAGAGUUUGAAGACGAGCGAUUUGACUUAAGCCGCAGCCCCGGGUUUGAGAGCAUGUCUCUGGGCGGCACGGGCCUCUCCGACACGGAGGUGGACCGGGACUUGGACUGGAGCUUCAGGGAGUGCGGGGCGGGAUCUCACUUUGACUUCUCCGACUACUGCACGCCCGAAGUCAGCGAGAUGAUCUCGGGAGAGUGGUUGGAGUCCACGAUCUCCAACCUGGUGUUCACCUACUGAAAUGAUGACCCCGUUUGAACUCUGUCACCCCUCUCACGCCUGCCUGACGUGUGCGUCACAUUCUUCCCUCUAGUUCUUCACUGAAUGGGGGAGAGUGAAAACUGAAAAAAAAAAAACAUAAGUGGCCCGUCCUGGGGUUAAUGUCCAGACACGCGCCGCUCAGACACUUGGCCCGCAUCCUGUGCGUCUGACAGGCAGGUCUGGCGCAGACACGGAGGAGAAUGCUGAGUUUGCAUUUGGACACAGAGGAGGAGGAGUGAAUGUAAGCAAGGAGCGGCGACGAGCACCAACGUUCAACCCAGUCCCGCAGGGAACGAGGACGGAGACCGAACCUUUAACCUUUGCGUCCGGGAGGGACACGGACACUGGAGCUCCACACGCGGGGUUCUCUCUAAAACCCUACUGAUUCACAUCAACCAUCAUGUUGCUAUUCAGGUGUAGUGAUCCCCUCCCAUGCCCUCCAAGUUGAGGAGGAUUCUGUUUUUAUUCAAUGCGUAUUCACGCAAAAUGCGUGGCCACAGGACACAAUUCACGAUCACCAGCUUCUCUCUCAACGGCAGGACACAAAAACAGACAGGCUGAAAACUUCAGAAACCUUUUUCUAUCACUUAGUGCACAAUUCAGGACUAAUAUUUCCUGAUUCUUUUUUGCUUAGAGCUUCAACUUUGUAGUUCCUGUGUAAGAUGUUUUUUUUCUUUUGUAUCAAUGUAUUUAUACAGCCAAAAGUUUUUUAUACAUAGAAGUAUUGUUCUUGUACAGGUCUCGUUUGUGUUUGUGCACAUAACACCUGUCUGUAUCCAGCGAGCGGAAGGGCUAGAAGUGUAUCUUAUUUAAAGUGUUGACUCAUUUUUCAGGAGACUUUGAGUGUGUCAUGAUUUUCUACUUGUAUUUUUGUACAAAAUCUAUAGAAAGACGUGGGUGGGCGGGGGCGAGCGGGCGGGCAGCCAUCAGCAUUGUUGUUUGCAUGGGUUUAGAGGUGCAGACAGAGGACGGGGGUUUGUUUGGCACAAUCUGACCUCACACAGUGUUUACAGUAUUUACCCACAUGCUUCUUAAUGGGACAGUGACUCCAGCUUCACCAAACAAAGCACCACUGAGGCUCCCAGUCUGAGUGGUGACUGGGUUUCAAUUCCACAUAGAUCUCCAGUGAAAGAGUCACAGUUUGGAAAGAGCUAAUACCUCUGUGUGCUUUCUUAUUUGGUCUGGUUUGCUUCUUAUAAGAUAGAUUUUAUUUGAACCACUGGAUGGAAUUUUACACUCAUUCCACUUUUUGCCUAAACUUUGGAGGGAGGAGAUGUAUGAAGUGCUUCAUCUGUUAUUGCGCAAAGUGCAUCAAAAAGAAAAAAAAAAGUAUUUAACCUUUCUGUACCUGUUGGCUAAGUAUAGCAGGCUAAUUGUUUUCCUAUAUUAUGGCAUGGCAAAUAGCAUUUGUAUUUCAGAUUCAGGUAUAUGUAGCUAUAGCUGUUGUGUUUAAGAUUUUUAAAAGAAUAAUAACAUGAAGAUAUUUAUGUAAAUUGACUGUACUAUAAGCAAAGAUUGCGUGUUUUUAUGUAUGAUGAUGAUGAACAAUGACAGGCACUAGGACAGCCAUCUUUGGACAUUCUUAAUCUGAAGAAGAUGGUCCAGAGGUUGAAAAACGUCAGAACCUGUUUUUCUAUCGUCUUUUUUUCUUUUCCAUUUGUGCAAUACGUUGUGUAUAUUCAUGUUUUGUCUGAUCAUGCCAAUAUCAUUUGAAGUCUUUUGCUCAAAACCAGCCAAUGUUUGGGUCAAUCACUGCCUCUCGAACCUCUGUACAGAUUUUUUUAUUUGUUUUUUCUUUCUUUCAAGAAGGAAAUAAAAUCAGCUGGAACUGAAAAAUGUGA